UACUUUUCCACUUCUGUUGAUUUUUUUGUGAGUUUUUCUCUUAGUCGGCAGUCUUCAAGUGGUUUUCGUGGUGCAAUGAGAUUAGAUUUUGUGGCUUUAUGUGUGAUUAUUUCACAAGUUUACGGGAAAAAUGUGACAGAUGAUAAAUACACUCCUGUUGUGAUGUGGCAUGGCAUGGGUGACUCAUGCUGCUUUGUAUUCUCACUCGGGUCACUUAAAAAGUUGAUUGAAAGAACUUUGGAUAAUCGGAUUUAUGUAAAGUCACUGGAGAUUGGUGGAUCGUACAUUAGGGAUUAUGAGUCAGGAUACUUUAUUCAUCCUGAUAAGCAGAUUGAAGACGCCUGCAUUCAAAUCACAAAUGAUAAGAAUUUAAAGAAUGGUUUCAAUGCCAUUGGAUUCUCACAAGGUUCACAGUUCCUAAGAGCACUCGUGCAACGAUGUCCAUCAGCUAAAGUUAAGAAUUUGAUCACGCUCGGUGGACAACAUCAAGGCGUCUACGGCCUCCCAAACUGUCCAUCCUUAACCACAAAAACCUGUGAAUAUCUCCGUGAGAUUCUGAACUUCGCAGCUUACGCCGGUUGGGUUCAACGAACUCUCGUCCAAGCCACAUAUUGGCAUGAUCCAAAGAACGAAGACAUCUACAGAACCAAAAGCACAUUCAUUGCUGAAAUCAACAAUGAAAAGUCAGUCAACCAAAAAUACAUCGACAGGCUCCAAAAAUUAGAAAAUUUCGUCAUGGUUAAGUUCAUGAAUGACUCGAUGGUUCAGCCAGUUGACAGCUCAUGGUUUGGAUUUUAUAAGCCUGGAAGUGAUGUGGAACUGAUGACAUUAGAACAAAGUGAUAUUUUUACAAAAGAGAAGCUUGGACUGAAGAAAAUGAAGGAAGAUGGAAAGCUUAAGUUUAUUGAGAUUGAGGGGAAUCAUCUGCAGUUUAGGAAUGAGUGGUUUAUUGAGAAUAUUGUUAAUGCUUACUUGAAGAACUAAAAUAAGUAAUUAAAAUAAUUUUAUGAGAUUAAAGGAGACAAAUUGCUAUUUUAUUAA